GCUUUUGUUAAACCCUCUCCAAAACAAAGAAGAGAAACAGGAACACAAGCUCAAAGCUCUUACAGAAAAUGUCGAGGAAGUUCUGGACUCCUAUCUACACGACUCUGCGCCGGACCCUCCCUUCGAAACACUCUUAUUUGCCUGCCAAUUCCGCUUUCAAAUUCCCGUCUCCCACUUAUUUUUUCUCAUCCCCUUCUCCUUCAAGUUCACCUAAUUCCCCAUUUUCGUCAGGCUAUGAUUUUUACUCUCUGCAGAAUCCAAAGUUUCCCGUAAGAAUUUUCUGUUUCUCCACGGGAGCUGAGGAGCAGUCCAGCGCUAGAUGCUGGAGUUGUGGCGCUGUGGCCAUAGCGGCGCCGUUUCUGGUCUGCGAGACGUGUCGGAGCGUUCAGCCCAUGGAUCGUUCUGUAGACUACUUCCAGAUCUUCGGGCUAGAAAAGAAGUAUGAUAUUGAGGUCCAGAAUCUGGAGGGUAAGUACAAAGACUGGCAGAAAAAAUUGCAUCCUGAUCUAGUGCACUCAAAAUCUCAGAGAGAAAGAGGGUAUGCUGCUGACCAGUCUGCUCGGGUAAUUGAUGCGUAUUGCACGCUUAGCAAGCCAUUGUUGAGGGCGAUAUACAUUCUGAGGCUUGAAGGUAUAGAUGUUGAUGAAGAAGAAACACUUACAGAUCCGGAGUUACUUUCUGAGAUUUUGGAAAUCAGGGAAGCUGUUGAAGAGGCAGCUGAUCCUCUGGCGUUAAAUGAGAUCAAGUCUCAGACUGCAAGAAAAAUAUGAAGUUGAUGGCUUACUCAAGGACCUGAAAAAGAAAAAAAGUCGCAUGAUUAUGGGUCUGUGUAGGUCGGGUCCACAAAUGCUAGAUUAGUGGGCCUUAAGUUCCUUUCCAAAUGCUCUGUUUAUUCCGUUUGCUAGAAUGAAAGGUUGCUGUCCUGGUUCAAGUGUUAAUCGGCAAUAUACAUUUUUAUUUGUCCAGAUGAACGAGAAGCUGAAUCAUUGGUCCAACUCUUUUGCAACUGCAUUUCGAUGUCGGAAGUUUGAAGAAGCUGUAAAUUCUAUCCGAAGAAUGACUUACUAUGAACGUGUAACUGAAGAAAUCGUGAAGAAACUCUAAUAUAGGUACUCGGCACAUAUAUUUUGGCCAAUUCUUUCAUAAUAUAGGAUAUGAGUUUUGGAAUAA